AUGCCUGGCCUGGCCGGGCAGGUAGUGGCUGUCCAGGGGGUGUGGACACGGCCGGACGCCCCCCCGCCCCCACCAAGGACGAGCACGUCCCUCCUCAGUGACAUCUGUGCCCCUGGGGACGUGCUGUGGGGGCUGGUGACGGAAGAUGGGCCCGGGGGCCCCCUCACGGACCUGUCCCAGCUCAUCACCAUCCAUGUGAACGGCGCCCCCUGGAGUCCCUCUGUGGACCGGAGAAAACCCAAGAUUACUGCCUCCCGCAAACUCCUGCUGAAGAGCCUGAUGCUGGCCAAGGCCAAGGAGUGCUGGGAGCAGGAACUCGAGGACCGAGAGGCUGAGAAGAAGUGCUACCUGGCCGAGCGCAUCCCGGCGCUGCAGACCCGAGGCCUGUCCCUCAGCGCCCUGCAGGUGCGCGUGGGGGCGGGGCUCCCGACGGGACCGCAGGACCAGCUGCAGGAGCUCAAACUGGCCGGCUCAAAGCUCCGUCCUUUACAAGUGGCUCCUCCCUUACCUGGUCUUCACAGCCCCGUGUGGCGGGGUCGGGCUGGGGUGGGGCGUUGGGUCCCAUUUUACAGGCGGGAAGGGAGCCUCAGCAGGGAGAAGGGUGUUGCUUGGGGGGGCGCUGAGCAGGCGACAGGGCGUGUAUCAGACCAGCGUGACGGUGCAGAGCGGGGAGCUGGGCAACGCUUGGGAGGGCCCGUUUCUCCAGACUUGCCCGUCCGUCCCCUGCAAACAGGCCUUUAAUGUUUUUAUAACAUUGGUAAGAGUUUAAACACCAGUGACUGCAGAGUGAAGGGACCGGAAGGAAAUACAGAUCUCCUUUGACUUACGAUGGGGUUAUGUCCCAAGAAACCCAUCGUCGGGUGAAACUAUCGUAGGUCCAAAGUGCACCGUCUACACCUCACCCAGCGCACAUCACCGCUCACCUGGCCCAGCUUGACCAUGUGAGGACCGCUCACAUUAGCUGAAAGUUGGGCUAAAUCAACGAACACAAAGCCUAUUUUAUAAUAACGAGUUGAAUAGCUCAUGUAAUUCACUGAAGAUGAAAAAGCAGGUGGUUGUCUGGUACAGAAUGGUUUUAAGUGUGUCGGUGGUCACCCUCAUGAGCGCGGGGCUGCCGGGAGCUGGGGCUGCACUGCCCAGCACGGAACAUCACUAGCCCCGGAAUGAUUAAAAUUCAAAAUUCCAAGUAUGGUUUCUACUGAAUUUGUGUUGCUUUCGCACCAUCAUAAAGGCAAAAAAACCAUAGGCUGAACCAUCGUUAAGUCAGGGACCAUUUUUAAAAAAAGAUAUUUAUUUACUUAUUUUGGCUGUGCCAGGUCUUAGCUGUGGCAUGCGGGAUCUAGUUCCCCGACCAGGGACGGAACCCAGGCCCCCUGCACUGGGAGCUCGGAGUCUUACCCACUGGACCACCAGGGAAGUCCCACCAUUUGUAGACCAACAUGUCACCGAUGGUUACCUCCGGGCGGUAACCUAUGUUAUUACUGCCUGGUGGUAAUAAUUCCUAUUUUAUUAUUAAUUAAAUAAUAAUUAUUAUUAUCACGAAUUAUUCCUCUUUUAUUAUUAUUAGUAGUAGUAGUAGUUUUUUGGGGUUUGUUUAGGCUGCACCGUGUGGCAGGCGGGAUCUUAGCUCCAUCGAACCUGUGUCCCCUGUAUUGGGAGCACAGAGUCUUAAUCACUGGACCGCUAGGGAAGUCCCCUUAUUUUAUUAUUU